GCCUGUGCGAGAUUUAGCGUUGAAAUAUCGCGAGAAUUACUGUCAGCUUCCUGUUUUGCGGCUCCACGAUCCCAGGUUUCAAAAUGGGAUUGUUUGACAUGGAUUUCUUGGACGAUGUGCGGCGCAUGAACCCGCGACAGCUGUACUAUCAGGUGUUGAAUUUCGGAAUGAUUGUGUCCUCAGCAUUGAUGAUCUGGAAAGGAUUGAUGGUCGUCACCGGCAGUGAAAGUCCCAUAGUGGUCGUUCUCAGUGGGAGUAUGGAACCAGCCUUUUUCCGAGGUGACCUACUUUUCCUGACCAACUACAGAGAGGAACCAAUCAGAGUUGGAGAAAUUGUUGUAUUUAAAAUCGAGGGACGAGAUAUUCCCAUUGUCCACAGAGUGCUGAAAGUCCAUGAAAAAGAAGACGGAAAAGUACGAUUCCUGACCAAGGGAGAUAAUAACUCAGUUGAUGACCGUGGGUUGUAUGCCCCUGGACAGCUGUGGCUGGAGAAAAAAGACGUAGUCGGACGAGCGAGAGGAUUUGUGCCGUAUGUAGGAAUAGUCACCAUUCUGAUGAAUGAUUAUCCAAAGUUUAAAUAUGCCAUACUUGCUUGCCUGGGUUUAUUUGUGCUAAUUCAUCGAGAAUAACAAAGACCAACAAAAAAAAAUUAAAAAUGGGGGGGAAAUAGAAAUUAGAAGUAUUGAAUUUAGCAGGAGGAUGUAAAGAAUUUAGUCAGAAUGUGUGGGAGUCUGUCAGUGCUUGUAACUAUUUACCAUUGGUGACAGGGAAUGUGUUUUGUGUAUGUAAAUAAUGUGAACAUUACGGUAUCAAUGUAUUUAUACCUAGUUUUGUGGAUUUUGAAUGGUUGUAAGAAAAAUUAUGGGACUGACUUUGGAUGAAUGUGAAUGGAAGAGUUGUAAAUUUCGGUAGAUUGUGUUUUAAAGUAGUCUGUGUAAAUGUGUCAAGUGUUACUCUGUAUAAAUUUUAUUAAAUCACUGGAACUCAUUUUCACCGUCACAUAAAAUUUGUGUUGUGUCCGACUGUUAAUGAGGUGUGGUACAUUGACUCUUCAUAUUGACAUAUUAUUUGAUUUGUUAAGAUCAGGGUCUGAAUCUCCAGCACUUUUAGAUACAGAGCAGGCAUUUCUGUCGCGGAGUAAUACAGUGGGUGUCCUUUGAUGUGAUUAGUGCAAUAUUCAAUUCAAGAAAUCAUAAAACUGAUGUAAAAUGCAGGGCUUCUCUCGUGUCUAUUUUUAUGAGAAACAUUUUAAUUGUUAUUACACCAUGUAUUGUAAUUUUAUCAUGUGUUGUAAUGCUGUCAAAAAUUUAGUGUUUGCCUGAUUAUAUUGAUAAAAACUAGGAAGUUAUGAUAUGUAUUUGAUACUAUUUGUUGAAAGUCAGAAUAAUCACUUAAACCUUGUGAAUAUAUAGGCCUCUUCUCAUUGCUGUACAUUUACAUCAAAGUCUAACAAGGUGCUUUCAUAACAUGAUCAUUGUUCUUAUUUCUCGUAACACCCCUCCCUCCCCACUUUAAUGUAGGUGUAGUGUUCUUCACAUCUUAUACCAGUGCCACUUUGACAGUAAUAAAAUUUCUCAGUUGAA